AUGGUCGCUGUGGUCUACUGGUUUCGAAAGGCGCUGCGCCUGCACGACAACCCCGCGCUGAUCGCCGCCGCCGAGGGCGCGUCUUCGCUCUACCCAGUCUACUGCCUCGACCCGAAGACCUGCUCGCGCGCGCGCGGCGCGUGGACCAACCCCAACCGGAUGCGGUUCCUACUCGAGUCGCUCGCCGACCUGGACGCGUCGCUCCGCAAGCUCAACUCGCGGCUCAUUGUGCUGCACGGUGACCCGGUUGAGGCGCUGCCCGCCGCCUGCAAGGAGUGGUCCGCCUCGCGCCUGGCGUACGAGCUCGACUACGAGCAGUACUCGCUGCGCCGCGACAAGGCCGUGCGCUCGCAAGCCGAGCAGGCCGGCCUCGAGGUGGUGACGCGUGUCGGCCACACGCUGGUCGACCCCGAGGCGCUGCUGCUGCUCUCACGUGGCGCACCCGUCACGUCGUACGACAAGUUCCGCGGCCUGCUCGCCCAGGAGCUCAAGGCGCGCCCCGUCACGACGCUGCCGCCGCCAGCCUCGCUGCCGCCGCCCGGGCGCACCGCUGCUCCCCACGCCAUCCCCUCCCUCGAGGAGCUCGGCCUCGAGCCGAUGGGCGACGCGGCCGUCAUCGCGCGCGGCGGGGAGGGCGCCGCACUCCGCGCGAUGGAGGCGCACCUGCGCCGGCGCGACUGGAUCGCCAGCUUCGAGAAGCCAAAGACCUCGCCCACCGAGAUGCUCGCCGGCGGCCCGUUCGACGCGGGCGCCGGCCGCUCCACGACAGUCCUCUCGCCGUACCUCACCUUUGGCUGCCUGUCGAGCCGGCUGCUCUACGAGCGCGUCGCCGCCGUGUACGCGGAGGCGGCGCCGCGCCACUCGCAGCCGCCCGUCUCGCUGCACGGCCAGCUGCUCUGGCGCGAGUUUUACGUCUGCUGCAUGCACGCGACGCCAAACUACCGCCGGAUGGUUGGCAACCCGAUCUGCAGGCAGAUCUCGUGGGGCGAGGACGCGGCGCUGGUGGCGGCGUGGCGCGAGGGGCGGACUGGGUACCCGUGGAUCGACGCCGCGAUGACGCAGCUGCGGCGCGAGGGCUGGAUCCACCACCUCGCGCGCCACGCCGUCGCCUGCUUCCUGACGCGCGGCGACCUGUGGCAGAGCUGGGAGACGGGCGCUGCCGUCUUCGAGGAGUACCUGCUCGACGCGGACGAGGCGAUCAACUUUGGCAACUGGAUGUGGCUCUCGUGCUCGUGCUUCUUCUACCAGUACUUUCGCUGCUACUCGCCGGUCGCCUUUCCGCAAAAGUACGACAAGCAGGGCGCCUACGUCCGGCACUGGCUGCCGCAGCUCGCGCGCCUCCCGGCAAAGUACAUCUACGAGCCGUGGAAGGCGCCCAUCGCGGUGCAGAAGGAGGCGGGCUGCAUCAUCGGGGUCGACUACCCCAAGCCCAUCGUCGACCACCAGGCAGCCGCCGCCGCCACCGCCGCCGCCCCCGCCUCAGCCCGCCCCCUCCUCGCCCCGCCACCGCCCUCGCCUCGGCGACACCCGCACGACCCGCGCCCACACGCGCCAGCGACACGCUCCGCAGGUGGUGUCCAAAGAGAAUAUGGGGAAGAUGGCCGAGGCGUACGCGGCCCACAAGGCGGGCAAGGCGGGAGGGGGGCCCGCCGCAGGCAAUGGCAAGCAGGCUGCCGCGGCAGGCAAGCAGGCGGCGGCGGGUGGCAAGCGCAAGCCCGCGGCGAGCGGCGGCGGCGGAAAGCAGAAGAAGCUCUUCUCGUGACUGCCCACCCGCGGGCCUCGCCCCAGGGGUCGGCGUCGAUUUGCGCACUCUGGGUUGCGCUCCGAGGAGAGUGA